GUGAUCGGAAAUCCCCGUGUGCGCGCGAGCCGGGAGGAGUUUAUGGACCGAUGUUGUGCUUAAAGUUUUGUGACUUGCAGUAUGGAGCAGUCGUCGAAUUUCUGGGACCAAAACAACACCAGCCCCGUGUACCCGCACGUUAAAAGUGAAAGUCGCACCCCCACAGAAGAUGAUAAAUCUAAUGCAGAUUAUCCUUUCAAAGAGGAGGAUGCUGUCUUCGAGUUCUGCGAAGGGAAUUUAAACUUCGCUACAGGAGCAGUGAACGAUAAUGACGAGUUCGGCUACAAUAGGAAGAAAAUCACAAGAGACCCAAUGUCUCAUAGAAUUAUUGAAAAACGGCGGCGAGAUCGGAUGAACAACUGUUUAGCUGAUCUUUCAAGACUCAUUCCCGCCGAUUAUUUAAAAAAGGGCCGAGGUCGCAUCGAAAAGACUGAAAUCAUAGAAAUGGCUAUCAAACACAUGAAGUCUUUACAGAGCCGAUCCACUAGUAAUAAAUCACAAGAGAUAGAACGACGGGCAGAAGAGGAACGGCUUCGGGAGUCGCCAGCGCAAAGCUCCGAGGCUGCGUCCAGGGUGAACAGGCCGAGUAGCAGCACCAGCCCCAACACAAUCAUUCCUGAGCACUUCAGGCUAGGUUUCCAAGAAUGUCUCUCAGAGGCCAUGCAUUUCCUCGUAGAGGUCGAAGGCUUCUUUGCCAACGACUCGUUUUGCGUUCAGUUCAUGAAUCACUUACAGAAACAUUGCGAUAAAAUUUUGAAAAGUGACAGAGUGAACCAACCGCACACGCAUCUCAACGAUACGUCGUCGUCCAGUAGCUUGGGGAGCAAGCCAUUGGAUUUAGGAUCAAAUUCUAGCACAGACGGAAGCUCACACCCAACUGGCGACCAGGGUUAUGAUUCGGCCAAUAGCAGCCAACUUAGAGACAUCCUUACCAGUCCUCACUUUUUCAACCACCGUUCUACCACAGUCCGACAGGCACCUCCGUCUCCCACGCUGACGACCAGCUCGAUCGUGGACGGGUACAGUCCAGCGAGUUCGCUGUACAAAUUCAAGAACAACAUCAAGCAACGGUUCAGCGCGGAGCACGCGGUGGCGCCCGAGGCCCCAUCGCCGCUCAUGGUCGGAUCGUCCGGUACAAAUCUGAAGAGGCGCCGGGAUUGCUCCCAGGAGAGGAAGUCAGCCGUGAGCACGGAACCUUUCCUGCCGGCACCACCGUCGUCCAAGUACCAAGCACUCACCACCUACCCCUCCUCCUGUAGCGACUCCGUCAAUAAUAAUUAUAGUAUUCCGAUUUUCGCACUACAUUCCAAAGGCGCUUUCUACGUUCCCUUGACGGUCGACUUCAACACCCUCGCCCCGUUCCUGAACGAGCAGAGUAUCGACAUGAUGAGCGUCAACUUCUCGUCGCUCAUCCUGCACCCAGUCACCAUCUCGGUCAACUUCUGCCAGCAGCCGAUGGGGACCAUCAGUCGGCCGAUGAGACUCUACCCUUCGUCGCCGUCGUUCGUGUCGACCAGCUGCUCGCCGCAGUUGAACCAAACCUGGCCGCAGACCAACGUCGCGUCCAACCAUUUUCAAACGUUACCAAAGUGGGCCACGUGUACUCCCGAAACUCAAUGAAAACAUGUUUCGCUGCAGAUCCCAUGUUACCUUAUCAUUUCUUUUCUCUUCACUUCAGUCAUCCUAUUUAUUUGUUGCUCCAGCUUUUGCUAAAGUUUCCUUCUCCAUUCUGAAAAUGGACGCCGUAGCUAAAGAUAGACCGAGUAUCUUGUUCCAAUGUGCGAGGCACGCUGCUACACGGUAGAAACUAAAAAUUGCUCUAACCCUCAUUGUAGUCUGUUUAGAUAAUUGAUGAAUUGCCUGUGAGGGAGAAUUAUAGGCUUUAUCGUGGGAAUCGGUUUCCAACAUAGGGCGCUACCUGUCUAUUUCAGUACCAGUCUCUACCUUCCCAUGUUGCUCCUCACACCAUCAAUAUAGAUCGAUGAACUAUUGAUUGGUUAUAUCACCAGAGGCUGCGAUCGGCAGUGUGAACCAAUCAGGUUUCAUUUUUUUGGUAAAAUUCUCAGGAUUCCAAUCCAACUUUCUCAUGCAUCACUCAGUGGAAGCUAUUUUCAUCAGGACACGAAAUGACAGUGCCAUCAUCAAUCGGUUUAUCGAUCUGUGUUGAUCGGGUGAUACAGGCGAAAAAGAGGAAACUUCUAGCUUUAGUUGGAAGUUAUUUCUCCGGCAUUAAAUGUAAGAGAGUCAACACUCUUGUUAUGCUUUAAAGGUUUUGCGGAUGAUUUUAGGAUUAUUAAGCAUAUGAUAGAAAAGGAUUUUCUCUUCCUGUCUGUGUUUAUACAUAUUUUUUGAGAUGUUUUUAAGAUGUUUUUAAAGUAUUUGUUUGAAAAAUAAAUGUAAAGUAUGAAUAUUUUCGCAA